AGGGCAGAGCGCGGGACGAUGCGGACGAGGAUGAACCGGGAGCAGCGAGCGGAGCGGGGCUGGGGGGAGCCGAGACCACCCAGGAAGGCAUCCCGGAGAAAGUGUAUCCUUAUCGACCACCAUACCUGAGAGCAGCCCGCGCCGGGCCCGAGGUGACAAUGGCGGCCGAAGGGCUGUGGGGGCCGGGCGGCCCCCCCGGCUGGGAGCUGGAGGGGUGGUACCAGGACCUGCAGGAGGUGCUGGCGGCGGAGCCCCCCGGAACCGCCCCCGCCUGGGGGGCUGAGCAGGUGGAUCCGGGCCCGGGGGGCUGCGGGCUGGACCUGGCUCUGGCCGAGGAGCUGCUGGAGCUGCUCGGGCCGGAGGGAGCGGCCCCAGCGGAACCCCCGGGCGCGGCCCCCGGCGGGAGCGACCCGGCCCGGCCGGGCCCCGCCGAGGAGGAGGAGGAAGAGGAGGAGGCGCGGGGGGCGCGGAGGAAGCGGCGCGGCGGCCCCGGGGCCCCGCGGGACGGGGAGCGGCGGCAGCGGGACGGGGAGCGGCGGGUGCGGGAGCUGACGGCGCACAACGAGCGGCUCCGCGCCGAGAUCCAGCGGCUCAGCGCCGAGGUGCAGCGCACCCGCGCCGCGCUCAUCGACCGCAUCGUCAACCUGCGCCAGGUGUAGCGGCGGGGCCGGGGCCGGGACACACCGAGCACAGCCCCGGGGAAAGGCGGCAGCGCUGCCCCACAGCUGGGGACAAGGACUCUGCUGCCCCACGGACUGGGUGGGGGCAGCCCUAUGGACAGACGGACACUGCGGACAGACAAGUGGAUGCAGCUUCUCCAUGCCGUUGUACAGCUCUUUGUCAUUUAUUACACACAUCUAACCACAA